AAAAAAAAAAAAAAUUAACCUCUCUUGAGUUUUGUAAAAUUAUUAUAAAUUAAAAUUUGAAAGUCUUGUUUACUCAUUCUCUAUCCUGAAUUGUAACUUCUUUCACAUUUCGUUAGAAGCAAAUAUGAAAUCUACAAUUUUCAUUUUGUUUGGCGUCUGCAUAUUCCAAAUAUGCAGUACUGCGGCGAUCAGUGAAGAAGUUUUUAAUGUUCAGUGGGAGAACUAUAAAAACGAAUUCAAUAAAGUGUACCCAUCUAUAGAAGAAGAACAAUUUCGUAAAGAGAUAUUCAAAGUGAAUUUAGAAAAAAUUAAUAUUCACAAUGAAAAAUAUCGUAAUGGAGAAGUCACUUUCGAAAUGGGAUUAAAUCAGUUUACUGAUUUAACUGCUAGUGAAAUGAAAGAAAGAUUAGGAUUUAAGAACGCACCUACAAUGAUCAGUGAAAAUGAUUUCGAUGCUGAAUGGAACUACUUUAAAAAUAAAUAUCACAGAAUGUAUUCAUCAACGGCAGAAGCACAAUUUCGCAAAGAAAUCUUUAAAAAGAACUUGGAAAAAAUAAAUAACCAUAAUGAAAAAUUCCGCAAUGGAGAAGUCACUUACUCAAUGGAAAUAAACGAAUUUGCUGAUCUCACUACUGAAGAAUUCAAAGAAAGGCUCGGAUUCAAAGGUGCAUCAGCUAUAGUUAAUAAAGAAGACUUCGAUGCUGAAUGGAACUACUUCAAAAAUAAAUACCACAGAAUGUAUUCAUCAACGAAAGAAGAACAAUUUCGCAAAGAGAUCUUUAGAAAGAACUUGGAAAAAAUAAAUAACCAUAAUGAAAAAUUCCGCAAUGGAGAAGUCACUUACGCAAUGGAAAUAAACGAAUUCGCUGAUCUCACUACUGAAGAAUUCAAGAAAAGAUUCGGAUUCAAAGGUGCAUCAGUUAUAGUCAGUGAAGAAACACUCAAUACUGAAUGGAACAAUUUCAAAAGGGAAUUCCACAGAAUGUAUUCAUCAACCAAAGAAGAACAGUUGCGAAAAGAAAUUUUCAGGUUGAAUUUAGAAAAAAUAAAUAAUCACAAUGAAAAAUACAGCAAAGGGGAGGUUACCUACGAAAUGGGUGUGAAUCAAUUUGCUGAUUUAACUACCGAAGAAAUAAAGAAGAGAUUAGGAUUUAAAACUGGUCCAGAUACAUUGGGUGAAGAAGUUUUUAAUGUACAAUGGGAAAAUUUUAAAAAUGAAUAUAACAAAAUGUACUCAUCAACAACAGAAGAAGGGCUUCGCAAAGAAAUUUUUAGAGUGAAUUUGGAAAAAAUUAAUAAUCACAAUAAAAAAUAUCAGAAUAAAGAAGUUACUUUUGAAAUGGGAAUUAAUCAAUUCACUGAUUUAACUACUGAAGAAUUCAAAAAACAAUCCGGUGGAAUUAUUUCAAAUAAUCGUGCAGGUAUUAGAAUGGCAUCGUUUGCAACAAAUAUAACAGAAAAAAGUGCUGUACCUGAUGAAGUUGACUGGUAUUAUCAUGGAUUUCAAACAGAAGUAAUUAAUCAAGCACAGUGUGGUAGUUGUUAUGCUCAAGCAGUUACUGGUGCAAUUGAAAGUCAUUGGUUUAUUAAACAUGGAGAAUUUAUAAGAUUAUCACAACAAGAAAUUGUUGAUUGUUCUUAUACAUAUGGUAAUAUGGGUUGUAUGUAUGGUGAUUUAAAAAAUACAUUUACAUAUAUUAUGGCAAAUGGUAUUGGAACAUAUGAUAAAAAUCCAUAUCAAGGUCAACCAUCUGAUUGUAGACAAUAUGAACCACGCUAUAAUAUAUCUGGUUUUGUUCAAACAAAAGAAGAAGAUGAAGAAGAUUUAAAACGUGCUGUUGCAAAAGGACCUGUAAUUGCUGUUAUUAAUACCGGUUUAGUAACAUUCCAAUAUUAUAAAGGUGGUGUUUAUUAUGAUGAAAAUUGUGUAAUUGAUCCAUAUAGUGUUAAUCAUUUCGUUCUUAUCCUUGGAUACGGUACAAAUAAAGAUGGUGAUGAUUAUUGGCUUAUUAAAAACUCAUGGGGACCAAAUUGGGGUUUAGCCGGUUAUAUGUAUAUGGCUAGAAAUCGUGGUAAUCAAUGUGGUAUUGCAACUGAAGCCAUGUAUCCAGUCUUAUAAGUAAGUUUUUCUUAAUAUUGUUAUUUUUAUUUUAUAAAGUAAAAUAACAUUUUAAUAAAGAUGGGUUAACAUUUUAUA